AUGGACUUAACCAACUUCAUACUAUUCCACCCCUUGAAUACAGUCACUAUGGGAUCAAAUGGUGUGACAAAGCCCACUGGGAUCGCCAAAGGAUCGAAUCAAUCGAGACGGCGCCAUCGGAUCCCCUUGUCAUGUGAUCCCUGCCGCGCUAGGAAAUUCAGAGGCCCUAGCAAUGGGUCCGCCUCUAUAGCCCGUCGGGAUGGUGGGGAUGAAAUGAUGAAUCGGAUCGAUCAGUUGGAGAAUUUGGUCAAGAGACUCAUUGCUGAGCGGCAGGAUGGAUCUGGGAACGCGCCUAAUACGCCAGAGAGCUCUACACUCGACGAUAAUAAGGCUGUGCAAGGUGCGCAUUUGAAUGCUUCGGAGGUCGCAUGUGCUGGGACGACGAUGAUUGAUGGCACUCGCUCGGUGUAUCGAGGAGGUGAUGAGUGGUAUGACGUUUUGGAAGAGAUAAAUGCACUCAAGCAGACGUGGGCCGAAAAUCAUGAUGAAACAGCCGACGAGGUCGUUCAGUAUCCUCCCUCACACAUUGCCGACGGCUCGAGCUUGCUUUUUGGUCAGGUCAAGCCAUUGGAGCGAAUAGAGAUAAUUUCAACAUUACCGCCAAAGCAUCAAGUCGAUAAGCUCGUAGCUAAAUUCUUUGACACAGAGAAUUUUAGGAUAGCUGUGCCUCCAAUCCUACACAAGCCGACCUUCAUGCGCGAGUAUAAUGAGCAUUGGAAAGACCCAUCCCGCACAAAUUUCAUAUGGCUAGGCCUCCUCUUCUCAAUCCUCGGCCUCACAAUGCUCUCCUUUCACCAAUUCGGGGAACCGCCAGAGUACGAAGGCGUCUCGGAGUCUCUCUUUCAACUUUACCGCAUCCGUACAGCACAGUGCUUACUUAACGGCGACAUUGCCAAAUGCUUUCCUUAUACCAUUGAAACCCUGCGGUUCAAUGCGACAGCUGAGCUCAACAGAAAGGACGAUAACCGUCGCGGUUUAUGGAUAAUGACAGGAGUUAUUGUUCGAGCUGCAAUAAACAUGGGCUAUCAUCGUGACCCUUCUCACUCGCCGUCUAUCUCACCAUUUCAUGCAGAAUAUCGACGUCGUGUCUGGCUAUCAGUGCUUAUCAUGGACGAUAUGGCUUCAUUUCUUGGUGGCUUUCCUCGAAUGGGCUCGGCAGUAUUCUCGGACACAAUGGAGCCACGAAACAUACACGACUGGGAGUUGUCGGAACAUAGUACGUCUCUCCCGCCAUCCAGGCCCAUGGAAGAGUCUACAGCAACAACCUACCUAAUAGCAAAGACACGCCUCUUCCGUGCGAUCGGACGCAUCGCAGAUUUUAACAAUACUCCAAACUUUGUUUCCUAUGAUACUGUAAGAGAAAUCGACCAGGCUCUCUAUAAUAGCUAUGACAGCUUUCCUUCACACCUGAAGGUCCACAAGGAGGGAAGCACCAUUCCAGUCAAGACUGCAGCAGAUGUUUCUAGAUUUAGUCUCUGCUCCAUGUAUCACAGGGCUAUGUGCGCUCUUCAUCGAAAGUUCAUGGCUAAAGGGCGACUCAAUGGCCGAUUCAAACUAUCCCACGAUCGGUGCCUAUCCUCCGCGAUGACCAUACUGGAUUACCAAGUGGCACUAGAGCCGUCAUGGUAUAAAUCCUCAUUAACCAGACAAGUGUUGACUCUAGCUGCCAUGAUUCUGUUGCUGGACCUGGAACUCGCGCGACGGUUCAACAAUACAGAUACAUCUAGUAGCAUCGAUGUACUGCAGAUACUCGAAAGGUCUUGCGAUCUCUGGAGACGCGCGAAGGAGUCAUAUGAAGAGGCUGGGAGGGUGCAUGAGAUCCUUGCGCCGAUGAUUUCAAGCUUCCGGCCCGUAACUGCAACUACUUCCGCUCAGACUGAAGUCCGGACAGCCUUUGACCUUCAAAAAUUCAGUCCCUCAUUUACCUCCUUCGAUGGCGUCGAGCACUCGCUUGAAAAGGAAAUGUCAGAUAUGGAUAUUGAUUGGGUUCGUAUCUCCUAUUACUAG